AGCGUUUUCAAUAUUCCAUCAACCGUUUGCUACUUCAUACACGACGCUCAUAAAUUCAAGGAUGUAUUCCGGUAAAACUCAUAAGUUUAUCUUUCAAAUGAUUUCUUUGUUUCGUCGUAUCGGUCUAUGGCAUGGAGAAGACAGGCCUACAGCUAGGCAACUUGUGCUGAAGUCAUUCUAUUGCAUCUACUACCUGUCUUUUGUAAUUUCAUUAUUGGUUGGAGGAUUUAUAGCAGACACUGUUGAUGAAAGCAUUUUCUUCGCGGAAACCUCAGUUAUAUGCGGAGUUCUGAAUAUUAAGUUUUGGAUGUUCCUUUGGAAGCAGCCGGAAAUUGUGGUGUUGUUAGAUCGGAUUUGUGUUUUCAAAAUUCAAAUUGAAGAAGGAUUCGCAUUUUUCAACGACACAGUGGAAAAAUAUAUGAAAUUGCUGAAAAUGGCCGUGUGUGGUACUUUGUGUACUACAUUGGGAUGUAUAGUUGUCCCAUUUGUUGGAAGUAAGAGGACAUUUAUUGUGAAUAUUGCGUUUCCAUUGGAUUGGAAAAGUAGUGAAUUUGGGUUUUGGAUGGCGUACAUUUUCAAUGUUACCCAAUAUAUUAUGGUGUUUCUGGCGAUGGCGUUUUCCCCUAUUAUUUGGUAUUUAUUGCUGCACUGUUCAUUAAGAUACACAAUUUUGGGAAUAGAAAUGAAAAACAUAGGAAAAACCGCAGGUAAUGUGAAAAUGUCGGUUAAGGAACAACAAGCCAUUUUUUAUCAGGACUUAAAAGUUUCGAUUGGCGGUCACCUUCAUUUGAAGGGAGUAAUCGACGAAUUGGAAUCAUUUUUAUCAAAAUUGUUGCUGUUGCAAUUCGCCGCAAGUAGCCUUUGCAUCUGCGGUUCAGUUUAUUGCUUGGCCUUCGAUAUAAGUUCUAAUAUGGUGGAGCGCUUAAUUCACGUCUAUUUAUUUUUAUACAACACUGCUGAAUUGUUCAUGAUAACGUAUUUCGGGAAUGAGAUUAUGUUGUCGAGUGAUUCUCUUUCAUACAGUUUGUUUGAAAGCGAAUGGAUCGGGCAACCACAUUCGACCCAAAAAUGCAUUAUCAUUUUUGGUGAAUACUUGAAGCAAUCGCAUGCGAUGCUAACCGAUAAAUUGUAUCCGUUAACAUUGGAAACAUUUACUAGGAUUUUGAAUUCGUCUUACAGCAUGUUCAACAUUUUAAAGAGCACGAAGGAAUAAAAAUGGAGGAAGAAGCAGAGGAUCUAACUGAG